CUUUGGGCCGCCGUAGCUGUUUUGCGGAAGUGCACUGGGGGCGGCCGGCUGGCUGGCUGGCUGGUGGAAGAUGGCGGGAGUGGAGAGCAGCUCCCGGUACCCGGAGGGAUCGGCGCUUCAGGACCCGCUGUCCCGCUUCACCUGCCCCGUCUGCUUGGAGGUGUUUGAGAGCCCCGUGCGGGCCCCCUGCGGCCAUGUCUUUUGCACUCCAUGCCUGCAGGAAUGUCUGAAGUCUAUUGAACCAGUUUGUGGAGUCUGCCGCAGUACCCUGUCUCCUGGCAGUAGAGCUGUGGACCUGGAACAGCAAAUUGAAAUGACAGAAACCACUUGUGAUGGCUGCAAUAAAAAAAUGUACCUCUCAAAGAUGCGUAGUCAUGCAGCUUCUUGUUCAAAAUACCAGAAUUAUAUAAUGGAAGGUGUUAAAGCUGUAACUAAAGAACCACCUCGUAACACCAGGAAGGUUCCAAAUCGUUUUACCUUUCCUUGUCCUUACUGCAGUGAGAAAAACUUUGACCAGGAAGGACUAGUUGAACAUUGCAAAAAAUACCACAGCAUGGAUGCAAAACAAGUGGUUUGCCCAAUUUGUGCCUCGAUGCCAUGGGGAGAUCCAAAUUACAGGAGUGCUAACUUCAUGGAGCAUCUUCAACGGCGACAUCAGUUUUCCUAUGAUACUUUUGUGGAUUAUGAUGCUGAUGAAGAUGACAUGAUGGCACAGGUUUUACUACGUUCCUUGAGGGAUCAGUGAACUAAGUGGGAGAUAAACUGUAUGAUACCAGCCUUCCAUUAGAUGAAAAUACACAGCAUCCCUGACACCUGUCCCUUCUCAUCCCAAGAUGAUCCCACACAUCUGAAAAUAAAUAUAGAAGAUUUUUGAAGACUUGCAGUUUCUUGGCUCCAGUAUCUGAUCUCUCCAUAUGUUACUACGGGUCUUGUCUAUGUUAGUGGUCUCUUUGCUGCUGCUCAUCCACUUCAGGGUAGUUCUCUUGCUUUCUUCACUCCAAAGGCUUGACUACACUCGAAACACUACAGCGGCAUAGUUGCGCUGCUGUAGCACUUCAGUGAAGAUGCUGCCAAUGCCAACAGGAGGGGUUCUCCUGUCCGUGUAGGUAAUCCACCUCUCGGAGAGGUCGUUGCUAGGUCAACAGAAGAGUUCUUCCAUCAACCUAGCAUUGUCUAUGCUGAGGGUUAGAUCAGCUUAACUAAAUCACUCAGAGGUGUGGAUUUUUUCACAUCCCUGAGCGACGUAGCUGGAUUGACCUAACUUUUUAAUGUAGACCAGGCCUUAGACCUGGUCUGUGCCUAAAACUUGUACUAGUGUAGCUAUGUUGGUUAGAAGUGUGGAGAAACCCACACCCCUGACAGACAUAGUUAUGUCAACAAACUCCCAGUGUAGAUGCUGCCAUGUUGACAUAAGAGUCCUUCUCUUGGCAUAGACGUGGUGGUGGUGGUGGUUCCUAUACUGGCAGAAAAAACUUUGUUGAUGUGCACUGCAUCUCCACUAGCAGGCUAUGCUGGUAAAAGUUCUGUAGUGUAGACAUAGCUUAAGUUUAGUCAGUUGUCUCCACAUUACUGCUGCUUGCUCUCAUUUUCCUUCCCUUGUCCCUGUAUCCUUCUGCUCUCUAUAUUCCUCUCUGAUUUCUUCAGAUCCCAUAAACACUAUAAAGCUUCAAGAAGGAAUGGCCUAAAUUGACUGAAGACUAGUUUUAAAAAAAACAACAAAAAAACCCCACUUGGCAAUAUAUACUUCCUAAAUGUUGAUUGAGCAUUGGAAGCCAUUUUUGGUGAAUGGAAACUCUGGUUUUGGAACGCAAUUGUCAGAAAUGUGGUUUGAAUUUUAAGAUUACCAGCAUUAUAAACCCCUGUUAAAGAAAGCAUAGUCCAUGGUUGUAUUAGGUAAUCAGUCUAAAGGCUAUACGUAAUACAUUGUAAUAAGUAAUAAAAUAUUACUAAUACACAAUACAUUGCCUAAAUAAUGAGUCUUUAAAUUAUACGCUAACAAUUCUAUGCACCAGCAUAAGAAACUGAUUCACCAUAUUUAUUUAGUUCAGCAGCUGCAUGUUACAUACUAGCAUAAAUUAUAAAUAACUGUAUUCUGGUGACAAAUUUCUAGCCUAGAAAGUAAAAGUCUGUAUUAAAAAGAUAGUUCUUACUAUUUAAAAAAAAAAUCCACAGGAUGUAUUUUUCUUUGUAAGUGUUACGUCUAAUAUUAAUCAAUCUUAUGUGCUGUCUUAACUUUUUUUUUUUUUUAGGUCUUCAGCAUUGAUUUUCUAUAGUUUGGACCAUUAAAUGCAGCCUUUCAUUGACAGAGGAAUUCAAAAGCAAAACACUUAACUUUUACCUCUGCUUUGUUUGUUUUUUUUUUAACUAUAAAAUGUUCCUAUACAUUUUCAGUUGUCCUGUUCCUCAGGACAACCUGAGAGUAACAAAUUGGAUUAAUAAUAUGCAGUGCUUAUACCCACUCUCUGUAUGCUUUACCAAUUCUAACAAAGGUUUGAACACCUGAGCUUCAUUUAAAUUAGAUUUUCAGGUGUCUUCUGAAAGGUGAUUUUAAACAGCUGAAGCUGUACUUAGAAUAUGGUCUUCAUGUAAUGUGUAGAUACAGGUAUAGUUUUGUGGCAGACUGGUGGAAAGCCUCACAACUCAAAUAUGGCACACAAAGGUACGGUGCAUUGCAUUUAAAAUGUGUGACUGUAACAUGCAAAUCAUAGUGUGUGUAAUUACUAUUUCAUAUGCAGUGCCUCACAUGAUUUAUGAUGUCCCUUCUCUUGAUAGGUCAAGUGUAACACUCCAACUCUUCCCCAUACACAUGGAGCCAAAAGCUUCAUUACUGUUGCUUCAUGUCUGUUGGGGGUGAGCUUCAAUCUGAUAUGAAAGAAGACUUAACACUGAUUUUGUUAUGUCUAAUGGUAACUAUUGCACUAAAAACUUCAUUGUCUGAAACUGAAGUAAAACUGCACCAGGAUCUGUGCUUUCAGAAUUGAUUGGAUUUGCAUAUCUAAUUUCAGCACACAGUUAUAAUUACUUGCACAAAUGAGGCACCUAAAUGCUUGUGCAAUUCAGAACAUGCAAUUCUGAAAACUAGGGCUCAGAGUAUGUUUUGUUGAUGCAUA